CUGGCCUUUCAAUAUACCACAAAACUACCAAAGACAGUCUCUUUCAAAAUCUCUGGCGUGCUAAGCCGAAUUACUUUUACUGUAUAUUCCACUUCAACAUCCUCAAGUCAAAGUUGAGCCUACAUCCCCCAUGAAAAUAUCCUGUAUAUAUAUACCAUAUCCGGCCAUUUGUAUCUCCAUCCCUUUUCUUAACUUCAUAUUUCUCUCGUCUUGUAAGCUUACAUACCUCUUUCUCUUCUGACCCUUUUCCUCCUGAACCUUAUUCAAACCUCAAUUCGUGCUAUCUCUAUAUUCAUCACCAUGAAGAGACUAAUGGAGCUAUUGUUCAUACUGACUAUUACGAUCAUGAUUUCAGUCAUUGAUGUCACCGGUGAAAUACCAAUGAGAAGACAGGAAGGUAAGUAUAAUGCUGCAGCUGAUGAAUAUUACGCAGCCAGGCUAGCAACUUCUCUCAAGUACUUCGAAAUGGAAAAAACUGAUAAUGCCCAAAAAUGCUUACAAGGUGUAAGUAAGAUCCUUGGCAAUCGCAAGCCGAAGCAUCCACCAAGAAGAUUUCCAUUAACAUGUCAAAAUAACCCUAUGAUUUGCAAGAAUGCUAAAAACGGAACUCCACCGGGAACUAAUCAGUGUUGCAUGAAGAAAUGUGUGAAUAUCUUGAAAGACAAAAAUAACUGCGGCAGGUGUGGCCAUAAAUGCAAGUACCCGAAAACGUGUUGCCAGGGGAAAUGCAUUAAUCCUUCUCAUAACCCUAGACAUUGUGGUUCAUGCAAUAAUCGAUGCAAAAAAGGAGCACAUUGUUCUCUUGGUCACUGCAAAAAGCAUAUUUUCGCUGUAAUUUAGUAACGAGU